AUGAAUUAAUAAGAUUUUCAACUUCUUGAAGAGAAAAAAAACAAUUAAGUUUAUGUUUUAGAUCAAAUUGAAAAGGAAAGAUUAAACUUUUUAUGGGGGCUCUGUCAUAAAGGCAGCUUAACAAUUAAUAAUGCUCUGCAGAUAAUGGAGGAGGAAAAGGGCAAAGAAGAAACUUGGGUUGAUUAAUAGAUUUAAGUAAAAACUUAAAAAUUGAAAAAUUUAAGAGUGAAGUUUGAAGACUUUUCCAAAGUGAACUAGUACGAUGCUACAUCAGAUAUUUAAAAUAUUGAUCUUUCCAUUAAAAAUAUAGAAGACGAACUUUAAAAUAAUAGAAAAUGGAAAUUUGAUUAAAAUAACAAGUUAACAUUAUAAAGCAUAGAAAAAUUAAAUAAUUUAGUUUCUUAAAAAGAUUAGCUUAUUGUUCAAAGAAAUUUAGAAUAAUAUAAGGACACCUGUGAAAAUUAAAAUUAUCUUAAUUAUCUUCUAAAAUAUCAAUAUCUAAAUAAGAACAUUUGGUAAAAGUAUAAAUUUUACAAAACAAUACAAGUUUUGAAACGAAUUAAAUAAGUAUAUGCAUCAGGCUUCAACCAUAAUGGUAAUAUAUUAGUGACAGCAUUAUCUGAUGGCUUGUAUUUUUGGAAAUUUUAAGAAAACAAUUAUACAUUUUUAUAUAACCUGUGCACAGGUACGCUCUAAAUCAGAAUGUUAUUUAGUAAAUUUUAAGAUCUAUUUAUUACUCAUGACCUUGUAGGUUAAUUCGGAAUAGUUAAGAUGAUAAAUGGAAAAUGGCAAUUGUAAUAACUAAUACAAGGACAUUAAGAUUAGAUUUGCUCGGUUCUGCUAUAAUAAAAUGAUAAUUAGAUUAUAACAGCGAGUUAAAAAAAUGGAAUCAAAUUUUGGUAUGUAGAUGCUUUCAAUAACUGGAGUUGUUAAUAUAACUUUUAGUUUAAUAGCAUUAAUUUAUCAUAUUUUACUGGAAACAAUAUAAAUUAUUUAGUUUCUGGCACUUUUGAUGGAAAUAUCUCAAUAUGGUAAUACUAGGAUAUCAAUAUUGAAAAAAUAAUUAUUAAGAAAUUUUAAAGAGUUCUAAGUGCUCAUCAAAGGACUAUUAAUAAUAUCACAUUCAUCAACUAAUGGAAGUUUUCAAGUUUAAGUUAUUUAAGUGAAAUUAAAAUAUGGGAAUAAUCUCAAUCAAAUUAUUUGUUUUAUUAAAAGUAAGUAAUUGAAUUUGAUGGUCUAAACUAUUGGAGUGUUUUCACUUCAAAAUUAACUUACAUUCAUAAUUCAAAUGUAUUAUUUUGCUGUACAGGUAAUCAAAUUAAAAUCUUCAAAUUAAAUGGGGAUGGAAAGUUUAACCUAAUCACAGAGAUUAUAAAAGAAAAAGAAAUUUAUGCAUUUAGUGUGACUCAAGAUGGAAUGCGAAUAACAUACUCAAAUCCAAUUUCUUAAAAAUUAAUUAUUAAAUAAGCAAUUGAAAUAUAAUGA